UACACGAUGCUAAAUUGUGAAGAAAUUAUUUAGCUUUUCAGAAUGAACGUAAAGGCAGACGACGGUUUUUGUUACUGCCAUGAAGACUCUUUCAAAAUGGCUUCGGCCGCUUCGGGUCUGGGCGGUCUGUCGUGUGGCCAGCUAAUACGGACCUUUGAAAGACUGUUCGAAGAUGCUCAAAUAACAGGUGAAUUAAAACUGAGUGGAAAAAAACUGAAGGAGUUUCCUAAAGUUGCUUGUAAAUAUGAUUUGAGCGAUACCGUUGUUGUGGACUUAUCAAAGAACAGGUUUAGUGAAGUUCCGUCCGAGAUUUGUGAAUUUUAUUUGCUAGAGAGGCUGGAUUGCUAUCAUAAUACAAUUCGUUCCAUCCCAGAUUCUGUGAUCACUUUACAUUCUCUAACAUAUUUAGAUCUCAGUCGUAAUCAGUUAACAUCUGUAUCACCUGUGCUAUGUCAGUUACCAUUACAAGUGCUCAUAUUGAGUAAUAACAAACUAGUUGCACUACCUGAGGAGAUUGGUCAUAUGCAAUGCUUGAUGGAUUUAGAUAUCAGCUGCAAUGAAAUCUCUAAUAUACCACCUCAAAUUGGAGAUCUUCAUUCUCUCUGCACCUUAAAUAUGAGAAGAAACUUAAUAACAAAAUUGCCAUCAGAAUUAUGUGAGCUUCAAUUGGCAUAUUUAAACAUUUCUGCAAAUAGAAUAGCAAUUUUGCCGACUUCUUUACGUCUUAUGAUUUCUCUACAGAUUCUAGUAGUUGAUCAAAAUCCUUUAACAUGUCCACCUGCAAUUUUAUGCACCAGGGGUAAAGUUCAUAUAUUUAAAUUCUUAGAACUUCAAGCUAGUAAAGAAGAUAAGAAACAAGAUAUUUUGUUGGAAAAUGAUUUAAAACGAAUGUAUCGAAAGCCUGGCUAUAUAGUUGAUCUAAGAUUUCAGAAUGGCUUACCAACAGAGAAUAAAGUAAAACGAUGUACUGUUGAUUCAGGAUAUAACACAUCUGAUGGUGGAGAAAAGAGACGAUCUCAGGAAAUUCAAGAUUUGAAUAUUGAUUUAGAAGAAACAAGGUCCAUGAAAACAUAUAAAUCUACAAAUGAAAAUCAGUUCAGUAAAUCCAAUAAUAUACUAAACAGUUUUGAUUUAAAUGAACAUAUCUCCAUUUCUAAUAAUCUCAUUAAGCAGGAACAAAAUAAAAGAAAUGAAAAGUUUUCUGUGGAAUACUUAAAUGGAAAGUCCCCAAUAAAUAAGAAUACAAGCAAAAUUAAUAAAGAAGAUUUUAGUAAAAAAUAUUUAAGCAUUACCAGAUUAUCUUCUAGUGACUCCAAUGUUGCAGAUGAUGAUUGUAAAUUUGGGAAUCUGUCUGUAAGUGGAGAAAAUAAAAGGCCCUAUCCACAUAUUCAAACUUACAAAGAAUAUAAAGAAGCAUUACGUCUUCAAAGAGCUGGUGAUAAUAAUAUUUACAAGAAAGUUACUGUAGACGGAACUACAAGUUUAACAUCAAAUAAAAAUGAGGGUUUUAAAGUGGAAACUAAUAUACAGCACCAUACUGUAACAAGUCAUUUAACACCUGAAGAAGAAUUUAGAGUAAAACAUGAAACUCUUAAGAAUCAGCAACGCCAUGAAGCUGAAAUAAUCCAAAGGCAUUUAGAAUCAGAAAGAAAUAAAUUUAAAGAAAUAUGUAAAGAUCAAAACUCUGUUGUUCAGCAAUCACAAAAUCAGAAAAUAGUAUCUUCUAAAGCAAAAUGCAGUAGUAAAUGGGAGAGAUCAAAUAAUGAUUCAGCAAAAUCAGUUUCAGGUAUUAAAUUUUUAAAAUAAAAAAUAAAAUGUCUAAUUUAUUGAUA